GCACUUAAAAGGCCUCUUCAACUGAUUACUUGAACUUGAGUCUAAUAGCCAAGGGAAGAAAAAGGCAAUGGCAUCGUCAGUAGUCUCAUCUGCCACAGUUGCCUCCAUUAACCGUGCCACACCGGCACAAGCUAGCGCCGUUGCACCAUUCACAGGCCUUAAGUCUUUUUCAACCUUCCCAGCAACUCGCCAGCUCAACGAUGACAUUACCUCUGUAGCCAGCAAUGGUGGAAGAGUUCAGUGCAUGCAGGUUUGGCCUCCAACUGGAAAGAAGAAGUUUGAGACCCUUUCAUAUCUCCCACCUCUCUCUUCUGAAUCAUUAGCAAAGGAAGUUGAUUACCUUCUUCGCCAGGGAUGGGUUCCUUGCUUGGAAUUUGAGUUAGAGCACGGAUUCGUUUACCGUGAGAACCACAGAUCCCCUGGAUACCAAGAUGGCAGGUACUGGACAAUGUGGAAGCUCCCUAUGUUCGGAUGCACAGAUUCAUCUCAAGUGUUGAAGGAGCUUGAAGAGGCCAAGAAGGCUUAUCCGAAUGCAUUCAUCCGAAUCAUCGGAUUCGACAACAAACGUCAAGUCCAGUGCAUCAGUUUCAUUGCCUACAAGCCUCCUCGCUUCUAAGCUUAAAGCUUUUCCUUUGUUGGCAACUUCAAUUCUUUCUUAAUUUGUUUCAAUAAAAUUUGUAUUGUUGUGUUUUUGAGGAACAAAGCUAAAUCCUGUUUCGAUUCUAGCAAAAAGUUAAUAAUUUCAGCAA